CAAACACACACACACACACACGUAGCAUAGACACAUUGUAGAUAGCUGGUUAGCUUUAAAAAAAAUUAAUCUGUCAUUUCAAUAUAGCCAGUGUCACUCAAAAUGAGCGAAAACGACAAAGGUUACGGCGGACGGGUACGUAUGAGCUUUGUGGAUGCUCUUAUCGUACAGUUUUUAUUUUAUUGAGCUAAAGUUUUAAUGAACGACUCGUUUGUCUGGAAGUGAAAGCAGUCAGUGUUGGCUGUCGUUAGCUAGCUAGCUCAACUCUCUCAGGGGGGAAUACGCAUCCGGAAAUAAUCAUUUGUUAUUAUUAUUUAUGAUUUAUCAUAGCAUGCCGUUUUAAUUUGCUUAAAUGAGCAGUGUGCAGCACAUUACUACGGUAACUAAUAACACAUAGCUGGCUGGCUAACGCUAGCUCGCAGAUGGUAGCUGCAGGCCUCGUCUGUGUUGUUGUUACUGAAAGCAGAAAACACGAUGCAAACUUCAGUCAGACAGCUAAACCUGCUCUUAAAACUGUGCACAGUCAAGGUUUCUUUAAUGUGCAUCGUUAACAUUAAGUGUGUAUCCAGUUUAAUGUCAGCUGUGUGGGCUUAAAGCGUUGUUAAAGCGGGCAGAUGUGUUAAAACACCUUGAAUAAAUAUAUUAUAUAUAUUAUAUAUAUUAUAUGUAGCUGUGCAGACGGACUGUGUGCAGAAACCUAGAUAACCUGAAGGAAAUAUAGUUUUCUAUGUCGACAUUAGCUUCAUUCUGCAGAUGAAAUUGAUUUAACAGUUUUUAAUUUUGUAUUUGUUUUAUGCAUUUUGAGACAGUAAACAAUAUCUCGAUUGAGUGAUGUGAAUUUACGUUUGCUAAAAUUAAUUAUUACAAUAUUAUUAUUAUUAUGAUUUCUCAUUUUGGGCGUGGUAACUUGUGUAACUCGAAACGACAUAAUGGUGUUAAUCAUUGUGGCCCUGUUUGAUUUUUAAAACGAACGACCUCAAGAUUUCUGCUUAUUCAUCUGCAUUAACUUGCACAUGUUAUAUCUUAGCAACACAGUGGUACCAAAAACCUGUUUAUAUGUUUAAUAAAACAAUUUACUGUGGAUUAAAAACCCCAUAUACUGGUCUUUGACUUAUUUUGUUUCUGUAUGUAUCUGGACGGGGUGCUUGUUUUGUGUUAAAAUAAUCAAUAAUCAACUUCACAGUGUGAUAAUCUACAGAACAUGUUGUAAUUUAGUCUAUCACAAGUACAUGGAGGCAGUUUUCUCUAGAAUAUAGCUGCACAGUUUAUUCAGUCAUUUUUAUAUAAUUAUGUGGCUUACACCCAUGAUUUUUUUGUUUUUGUUUAAUUAAGUGAACAAUACAAGGCCACAAUGAGUAUAUGUUUAUGUGUUUUAUGUUUUGGUAUAUCUACAGCUUUGUGCUGAAGAUCAGUGCUAAUGAUGCAAGUCAAUACAAAUGAGUGGCAGCAUCUUGAGGUCGUUUGGGGGCUGCCUUAAGUCUAGAUUUAUUCAAUUUUGAGUUGGUAUCAUUCACAUUCAGUGGUAUGCACUUUUAUGCCUUAGAGGCCACUUUACAGAAAUUAUGUCAGUAGGAUUUAAGAAGGAACACAAUGUAUUAAAAAUGAAAAUAAUAUUCAAUUUAAUUAUUUUAUACCUUAUUGUGAAUAUGAAUGGUAGAAUAAUCCUGAUGCAGGCAACCUUGUGUGUCUGACAUCCUACUAAAGUGUUAAGAUACAUACAACCAGAAUGUAAAAUAUUAGAUGAAUGUGUGUUCAUAUGUUUUGGCGUCAUCUUUCUUUAUUAAUGUUAACUUAAGAUGCUUCAGAGACUUCUAACUGAAAGUGGCCCAUAGGACAUAACAGUGAAUGUAGAACCACUGAAAGUGAAAUAUUUAUACAACUAAUAUUUAAUAUUUGUAUUAUGUGGUCUUAAACAUUCCCAUGCAUGUCAUAAAAUCGUAAUAACACAUUAAAAGUUGAAUGAGGGUGCAGUUUUAAUUGCAGUCAUAUAUUCUUCAUCCUUUUCUUUUUCAUAAAGGUUAAGGUUGGACGAAGAAAAUACGGAAGAAGUCUCAUGUCUACUUUAUUUUCAAUAAUAUGAAGCUCAGAUGUGUGAAGCUGAAUUGUUGAAUGCAUGCUAAAACAUGAGGAGGGAAGAAGUAUGGGCAGUGUGUGAGAUGGGGGAAGUAAGAAGAAGUAAGACAAUUGAAGAAAGAAGAAUAAUGUGAAGUAAUGAAGUUACAGAAAUGAAGUUAAGGAAGUAAUCUGGAUAAGGUCACUGUGCUAAGUAAUUUUAUGGAGUCUCGCUCUGCAUCCAGGAGCGUGAGUCCACGGGGCUCAGGGAAGUCUGCAAGCCGCUCCCCGGCUCGCUCGCCUGCCCGUUCAAAAGAAGGGUCCCGCCACUCCCGCUCUAAGUCUCGAUCUCGGUCCAGGUCGAAGUCUGGGUCCCAUUCCCACCGUGGCUCACGCAGACACUAUAGCCGAUCUCGCUCCCGCUCAAGGUCCUAUCGCCGUCGAUCUCACAGUAGGUCCUACAGUGGAGAGCGCCGGCGCAGGAGCCAUAGCCGCUCACCGAUGUCCAACCGCCGCAGGCACAUCGGCAACCGUGCUAAUCCAGAUCCGAACUGUUGCCUGGGAGUGUUUGGCCUGAGCUUGUACACCACAGAGAGGGAUCUGAGGGAAGUCUUCUCUAAAUAUGGCCCCCUGGCGGAUGUCUCUAUUGUGUAUGACCAGCAGUCAAGGCGCUCCAGGGGCUUCGCUUUUGUUUACUUCGAGAACAAAGAUGACGCUAAAGAGGCAAAGGAACGAGCCAAUGGCAUGGAGCUGGAUGGUCGUAGGAUCAGGGUGGACUUCUCCAUUACAAAAAGACCUCACACCCCAACCCCUGGAAUCUACAUGGGCCGACCCACAUAUGGUGGAGGUGGUCCAAGUGGUCCUCGACGCUACUCGCGUGACUACGACCGUGGAUAUGACCGCGGAUACGACAGAGGCGGCUAUGAUCGCUAUGACGACAGGGACUACUACAGAUCAUACAGAAGGCGAUCUCCUUCACCAUACUACAGAGGGGCUUACAGGUCUAGGUCCAGAUCACGGUCUUAUUCUCCCCGUCGCUAUUGAGUGUUUCUGUCAAGCCCCUCCUCUUCCCAAGCACAGACAGGAAAUGUUUCUGAGUGGUAUGAUUGAUUUCGGAAUAGAUCUUCUUUCUUCUGUUUGCUAUUGUACAUUAGCAGUAAAUGUAUACUAAUAUCAGUUGUGAAGCAGUGUCAUUUGACAUGAAUCAAGCUGCCCCCCCCCCUAAUUUUAAAUGUACAGGCAACAUCUGCCGUAAAUUAUAUAUAAAUGUUUUAAUUUUUUUUUGUAUACAAAUGGAGUGAAAAUUAAUCUUGGAACAGAUUAAAAGGGAGAUGCACUUUUUCA